UUUUACCAUUUGUAAAUAGCCUGCCUACCAUGAAUGCUAUGCAAUUGGCAAAAAAAUUUCCACAACUUUCUCAGCAAGAUGUCUUCGAUCUCAUUGCACGAUUUAACAAAAUAGAUCUAGAUGGAAAUGGGGCGCUUGAGCAAAAGGAAGUCGUAAAAGCUUUGCAAGAUAUGCGCGAAAGCAAUUCUUAUGACGAGAUCCGUGCAUCACUCAAAGAAAUAAGCUUGAGUUCGACUGGCAAAGUUGAAAUAGACGAAUUUGUUGAGCUUGUAGCAAAACUCAGAGAAGGCCGUAAUAAAUCUGCUUUUGCUGUAAACAAACAUAAAAUCACUGUUCAUGGUUCCAGUCAAAAUGUUUCUCAUACAAUUAAUGAAGAUGAAAGGAGUGAAUUCACUAGACAUAUCAAUCAAGCAUUGUCUGGUGAUCCAGAUGUCAAAGAUAAGAUCCCAAUUGAUACAAAUACCAUGCAACUUUUUGACGAGUGUAAAGACGGUCUGAUCCUUGCGAAACUUAUCAAUGAUUCUGUUCCUGAUACAAUUGAUGAACGUGUACUCAAUAUUAAAAAGAUAAACAAAUUCAAAAUGACAGAAAAUAACAACCUUGUCAUUUUUUCCGCUAAAGGAAUUGGGUGCAAUGUUGUCAACAUUGGAUCUGCGGACCUAAUUGAAGGUCGUGAACACUUGAUUUUAGGUUUAAUUUGGCAAAUAAUCAAGAUUGGUCUAUUGAAUAAAAUUGAUAUUAAACAUCACCCCGAAUUAUAUCGUCUUCUGGAAGAUGACGAAACUCUUGACCAGUUUUUGAAGUUACCUCCUGAUCAAAUUUUAUUGAGAUGGUUUAAUUAUCAUUUAAAAGCUGCUAAAUGGAAUCGUCGUAAAGAUAUUAGCGAUGGUGAGAAUUACACCGUACUUCUCAAUCAACUUUCUCCCGAUCUUUGUUCACGCGACCCAUUAAAAGAACCCGAUCUCCUUGAACGUGCCGAGAAGGUUCUUCAAAAUGCUGAAAAAUUAGAAUGCCGUAAAUAUUUGACCCCAAAAGCUCUUGUUGGUGGUAAUCCCAAGUUAAAUUUGGCUUUUGUUGCAAAUUUAUUCAAUACACAUCCGUGUUUGGAUCCACUUGACGAAGAGGAAAAGGCUGAACUUGAAGAAUUCGAUGAUUCUGAUGAUAGAGAGUCAAGAGUUUUUGCUUUAUGGUUGAAUAGUUUGGAUGUUACACCCGCUGUAAAUAAUUUGUAUGAAGAUUUGAAGGAUGGUCUAAUACUUCUUCAAGCUUUUGAAAAAAUAAAACCAGGAUCUGUAGAUUGGAAAAAAGCAAACAAAUCGGAAAAUUUGUCACGAUUCAAGCAAGUGGAAAACACAAAUUAUGCCAUCUUAAUAGGAAAAUCUUUACGGUUUACUCUUGUUAAUAUUCAAGGUGCCGAUAUUUGUGAUGGUACAAAGACUUUGGUACUCGGUCUUGUCUGGCAAAUGAUGCGUAUAAAUAUUAUUCAGACGUUAACAAGCUUAUCAAAGGGUGGCCGUGAAAUUACAGAUGCUGAUUUGGUGCGAUGGGCGAACGAAACUGUUAAACGUGGUGGAAAAUCUACAAAGAUGAACAGUUUUAAGGAUCCGACUUUAAGAAAUGGUCUCUUUUUAAUUGAUUUACUGAAUGGAAUCAGGCCAGGUGUAGUGGAUUAUAGUUUGGUAACAAAGGGUAUAUCUGUGGAUGAUGCUACACUUAAUGCAAGAUAUGCUAUUUCCAUUGCUCGAAAAAUUGGAGCUACAAUUUUCUUAUUACCGGAGGAUAUUGUUGAAGUUCGACCGCGAUUAGUUUUAACCUUCGUUGGGAGUCUGAUGUCUUUGGACAAGGCAGCUACUCCUUGA